GUCGCCCCCUGGUGGCCGGCCAUGGCCUGGGCGCUGUGGCUGGCGCUGUGGGUGCUGGGGGGCCCGGGGGCCCGGGGCUGCCUGCGCUGCGACCCCGGCUCCAUGCGGCUGCUGCGGGAGCUGAAGGGGCCCUACCUGGGCCGGCAGCUGCGGGGGGAGCCGGGCCUGCGGGCGCGGCUGGAGGCCCUGCUCGAGCGCAGCCUCCAGGGCCUGGCGGAGCUGCCCAUCGGGGAGCAGAGCUACAUGGGGGUCAUCGACGAGAAGACGAUGGGAGAAGCCGCCGCCCACUUCAGACGGGCCGUGACCCGAAUCAUGGAGAAUGACUUCAAAGAUGGGCAGCUCUUCAACGAGGUGAUGUGGAGCCUGCAGGCGCUGAGAGAGACUUUCACAACCCUCAUGGCCCGAUUCCAGAGAGAGGUUUAUUGCCCGAAUAAGUGUGGGCGCAUGGUUCACCAGUUCAUCGACUGUCGAGCCUGCGGUACCAAGAUCUACUCCUGCAACCGGGACCUGCGCUGCGGGGAGCGGAGGCUGCAGGUGCAGCAGGACGACGACCUGAUCCUGGACUGUGCCUUGACCUGGCACCGUGCCAGUUACGGUGCCAAAAGCUACCGCUUCUACCGGGCUGUGGGGGGCUCGGAGCAGGUCAUGGUCACGGGCCCCGACGCCUUCCUCGUGAAGAAGGAGGCGGCAGCGAACGACUCGGGGCGCUACCGCUGUGAGAUGCUGAACACCCAGGGCUGGGUCUGCUCCGAGCUGCGCUUCCAGGUGACAGUGACUCCCCUGCCGGGGAAUAGCACCCCACCACCUGCGCCGCCCCUGCUGGGGCCCCUGACGCUGCCCCCCCCGUCACGGAGCCCGACCCCCCCGGGGGGCCCUGGAGACUGGACCGUCUGGGUCAUCAUUGGGAGCAGCGCUGGGCUCGUCCUACUGCUCAUCGGGGGCUGCACCUGGCUCUAUCGCCGCCAGCAGGAGGUGCCAGAGAAGGACGGUGGCAGCCAAGAGGGGCAGCUGAAGACGUGACCCGCCCACCCACUCCAGAACCAACACCCCCGCCCUGGUUCCUCCCACCUCCAACCCCCCCCCCGCUAUUUUUAAAUAGACAGGAUUUUAUUGCCAAUACACUAUCGUCCCGGACUCCUGGGUCCUGUUCCCGCCUCUGAGUGAGGGGCGGAGCUGGGAGCCAGGACACCUGGGUUCUAUUCCUAGCUCAGCGUGACUCAGUUUCCCUCCCUAUGAACCACUCCUCAGCUACACCCCCGCAGCCAGAGUUAAAAAACACAGAGGCAGCUGGUGCAGUGGGAAGGGGCUUUAUUGUGUGGGGGGAUCAGCUUGGCUUCCAGGGGUCCCCCCUCAACUGACCCCCCACUAGCCAGCACUUGUGGGAGGGGCCUCCCCAACCCUUGUGGGCUGAACCAUUAGAGCUGUGGAGCUGGGGUGGGGGGGUGGAACGAGGCUAGGCAGUUCCAGGUGAAUUGGGCGGGGGGGUUGGAUAUAAGUUGGAGUUUCUACUCACCCCCCUGCGGAUCGGGGCUCAUGGGAGGCCAGAAUCCCCACUGCCCCCCUCCAGUGAUGGGGGGAGCUCUCCCGGCCCCUGCCCCCACUCUGGGGAGCAAACAGGAGUUGAGCUCCCCUGCUGCAAGCUUUCCCACGGCAGUGCCCCAAAGGGGUUGUGAGCUUCCCCAUGACAGUGCCCCAAGGGGGCUGUUCUAGGGCUGCGAGCUUCCCCACAGCAGUGCCCUGUCACCCAGUCGGUCCAAAUUUCUCAGUAGCCUUUGGCCACUGUCAGCUCCCCACCCCCCUGUGGUAUGAUGCCUCCCCCACGAGCUCAGCCCCCUUAGGGAGCUGCCCCCUCACCAGUGGUCAGAGUCUCCCCACCCCGUAAUUAUCAGGCAGGGCACAGUGAUGAGCAGGGUGGGGGGGACUGGGUGUAAAUGGGAGGGGGCCAGGAGCUGGGGGGCAGCCUGGGUGGGAGGAGGGGGGGAUCCGGUCCCAGUGGGGGGAAGUGAAAAGGGCCGGGGGUGCGGCAGCCCCCAACAGAACACUAGGCUCAGCAAUGGUACAGUCCAACCAAGAUGGCGUCUACAGUUGCCAUUUCCCCACCCCCCUCUGCCAGUAAAACAUGAGGUAAAAAAUGGUAUGAUCCAUCCAAGAUGGCGUCUAGAGUUGGCUUCUCCACUCCCAACCCAGCUAGGUACAAAGAUGGUACAAUCCAAACUAAGAUGGUUUCCACAUCCUCCCCUCUGGUCAAUAAGACACCAGAGUCAAAGGUGGUAUGUCCCAAACAAGAUGGCAUCCCACAGGUGGAGUUGCCUUCCGCCUGCCAAUGAAACACUUAAGUCCAAUUAAAUGGUACGGCCCAAAUAAAGAGGGCAUUUGGCCUUGGCAUCCCCCCAAGCCCCAAUGACUGGACCAAUCCAAGAUGGCACCUAGAGCUGACGUGACGCAAACAUCACUGGUCUGAUCCAUUUAAGAUGCGGGGGUGGAAGUUGGCAUCACCCCCAGAUAAUGGCUUAACCCAUUCAAGAGCUGAUGUUGACCCUGAACACUUGUGGUAUGAUUUAUGUAAGAUUGCAGCCACCCACCGUUUCACUCUGAACACCAACAGUUUGAUCCUUCCAAGAUGCCCCUUGGGGCUGACAACCAAAAGAGCAAUGGUUUAAUCCAUCCAAGAUGGCAUCCAGUGUUGACAUUACCCAGUAAAAUGGCUUCACCCAUCCAAGAUGGUGUCUGGAGUUGGCAUCACCCCAAGCAAUGGUUUCAUCCACCCAACAUAGCAUCCAGUUGGCUUCACCGAUGAAUGGUGGCAUCCCAAGCUGAUGUCCAACGCAAACAAUGGUUUCACCCAUCCAAGAUGGCAUCUGGAAUUGAUAUCACUGCAAACAAUGGUUUCACCUAUCCAAGAUGGCACCCAGAGUUGAUGUCACCCUGAGUAAUGGUUCCAAACAUCCAAGAUGGCGCCAAACAAGGGUUCCACCCAUCCAACAUGGUGCCGCGAGUUGACGUCACCAAGAAUAAUGCUUCUACUCAUCCAAGAUGGAGUUACCGUCACCCAUCCAAGAUGGCGCCUGGAGUUGAUGUCACCCUGAACAAUGGUUCCACCAUCCAAGAUGGCGCCCAGUUUUGGCGUCACUACAAACAAUAGUUCCUCCCAAGAUGGUGCCUGGAGUUGAUGUCACCCAUCCAAGAUGG